CGCAGUCGGAAGCCGGGCGCGGGGGCUGCCGCGGGCCUGUAGUCCGGUGCCGUCCCGGCCUGCGCCCGCCUGGCGGCCGGGCUCCUGGGCUGGGGAUGGCGGCGGCGGCCGAACCCGCGGCCCGCGCCCGGCCGGGCGGCGGCUCCCCGCGCCCCGGCAGCCCCGCUGGCAGUCCGGUGCUGGGCGCUGGGGACGGUGCACGCCCGGGGUCGGAGCGGGCGGGCAGAGCCCCGGGCUCCGCCGCGCCGGGCCACAGCUUCCGCAAGGUGACGCUCACCAAGCCCACCUUCUGCCACCUCUGCUCCGACUUCAUCUGGGGGCUGGCCGGCUUUCUGUGCGACGUCUGCAACUUUAUGUCCCAUGAGAAGUGCCUGAAGCAGGUGAAGACCCCAUGUGCUAGCGCUGCUCCCAGCCUGGUGCGGGUCCCUGUAGCCCAUUGCUUUGGAUCUCGUGGCCUCUAUAAGCGCAAGUUCUGUGGGGUCUGCCGCAAGGGCUUGGAGGCACCUGCACUCCGUUGUGAAGUGUGUGAGCUGCACGUUCACCCCGACUGUGUGCCCUUCGCCUGUAGUGACUGCCGCCAGUGCCAUCAGGAUGGGCACCAGGAUCAUGACAUGUACCUGCACCACUGGCGGGAGGGGAAUCUGCCUUCUGGAGCGCGCUGUGAGGUCUGCAAGAAGUCCUGUAGCUCCUCAGACGUGCUGGCUGGCAUGCGCUGCCAGUGGUGCGGUGUCCAGGCCCACUCGGUGUGCUGUGCUGUGCUGGCCCCUGAGUGCUCAUUUGGGCGCCUGCGCUCAAUGGUCCUGCCCCCGGCAUGCGUACGCCUGCUGUCCCGAAAUUUCAGCAAGAUGCACUGUUUCCGCAUCCCCGAGACAGCUGCCCUGGACCUGGGCAAUGGGGAGGACAAUGCAGAUGGAAGUGUGGCCACUGGACCCAGCAGAGAGGCGCUGGCAGCUCCGGACUCCAGCAAGCUGACCCUGAAGGUCUUUGAUGGCAAUGAUUCCAUGAGGAGAAAUCAGUUCCGCCUGGUCACUGUUCCCCGCCUGGCCAAGAGCCAGGAGGUGCUGGAGGUGGCACUGCGGGCCUACUAUGUCAGCGAGGACCCACGGGACUUUGAGCUACAGGCACUGCCUCUGCCCUCACUGGCUAGCGAUGACCCAGGGAAGACUGGAAGUGGCGGGACUGCUGAGGAGGAGGGCAGUAGAGGCCCUGGGCCCCGAGAGCCCAUGCCCGAGGCUUGGGUCAUCCGGGCUCUGCCUCGUGCUCAGGAGGUCCUGAAGAUCUACCCUGGCUGGCUCAAGGUGGGUGUGGCCUACGUGUCCAUCCGUGUGACCCCACAAAGCACAGCACGGGCCGUGGUGCUGGAGGUCCUACCACUGUUUGGACGCCAGACUGAGGAUCCAGAGGGCUUCCAGCUGGUUGAGGUGUUCAUGGGCAGCAGGCAAGUCCAGCGGACGGUGCUGGCGGAUGAGGAGCUCCUGCUAGACUGGCUUCAGGACAUCCGACAGACCUCUGUACGCCAGGUGAGCCAGACGCGCUUCUACGUGGCUGAGAGCAGGGCAGUAGCCCCGCACGUCUCCCUGCUUGUGAGUGGCCUGCCGCUGGGCCUUUCCCCCCAGGAGUACAGCAGCCUGCUGCAUGAGGCCAUGGCCACCAAAGCUGCUGUGGUGUCCAUGAGCCAUGUCUACUCCUCGCAAGGUGCGGUGGUGCUGGAUGUCACCUGCUUUGCAGAGGCUGAGCGACUGUACAUGCUGGCCAGGGACACAACCCUGCAUGGCCGGCCGCUAACUGCACUGGUGCUUCCAGAUGUGCUGCACACAAAGCUGCCCCCAGACUGCUGCCCUGUUCUCGUGUUUGUGAACCCCAAGAGUGGGGGCCUCAAGGGCCGAGACUUGCUCUGUAGUUUCCGGAAGCUGCUGAACCCACAUCAGGUCUUUGAGCUGACCAAUGGAGGGCCUCUUCCUGGGUUUCACCUGUUCUCCCAGGUGCCUUGCUUCCGGGUGCUGGUGUGUGGCGGGGACGGCACUGUAGGCUGGGUGCUUGCCACCCUGGAGGAGACUCGGCACCGUUUGUCCUGCCCAGAGCCAUCUGUGGCAAUCCUGCCCCUGGGCACAGGGAAUGACCUUGGCCGGGUCCUCCGCUGGGGGGCAGGCUACAGUGGUGAGGAUCCAUUCUCUGUGCUGGUGUCUGUGGAUGAGGCGGACUCUGUGCUCAUGGACCGCUGGACCAUCCUGCUAGAUGCGCAUGAGAUUGGGAGUGCAGAGAACAAGGCAGUCGACUUAGAGCCUCCCAAGAUUGUGCAGAUGAGUAACUACUGUGGCAUUGGCAUCGAUGCAGAGCUCAGCCUGGACUUCCACCAGGCACGGGAGGAAGAGCCCGGAAAAUUCACAAGCAGGUUCCACAACAAGGGUGUGUAUGUGCGGGUUGGGCUGCAGAAGAUCAGCCACUCCCGAAGCCUGCACAAAGAAAUUCGGCUGCAGGUGGAGCAGCAGGAGGUGGAGCUGCCCAGCAUUGAGGGCCUCAUCUUCAUCAAUAUCCCCAGCUGGGGCUCUGGGGCUGACCUCUGGGGCUCCGACAGUGAUUCAAGGUUUGAGAAGCCACGCAUGGAUGAUGGGCUGUUGGAGGUAGUAGGUGUGACCGGAGUCAUGCACAUGGGCCAGGUGCAGGGUGGAUUGCGCUCUGGAAUCCGCAUUGCCCAGGGCUCAUACUUCCGGGUCACACUCCUCAAGGCCACCCCUGUGCAGGUGGAUGGGGAGCCCUGGAUUCAGGCCCCAGGGCACAUGAUCAUCUCUGCAGCCGGUCCGAAGGUCCACAUGCUUCGGAAGGCCAAGCAGAAGCCCAGGAAGGCUGGAGCCAUCAGGGAUGCUCGCAUGGAUGCCUUGCCUGCUCCCGAGGGUGAUCCCAAGUAGGAGACAUCAAGGGGGGGCGGGUCUAUGUCUACUACAUGUUCUGCACACUGGCUGACUGGCAGAUGGAAUUGGCUACAACCUUGAUCACAGCAUCUUCCCGGGCUCUGGGAUGUUUCCAGCCCUCAUCAUCAUUUGAUGUCACAUGGACAGUGCUGGCAAAGGUGCCCAUUUCUCCCUUGGCUUAAGGAAGAUAAGGCUGGGCCCCCCAGGAUGGGCAGAGCUGGCCCCAAACCUGCACCAGUCAUAAGUUCUGGGGGGGAGCAGGUAUGGCCCGGGCACCUCUCCUUUGUACUGCCUCCAUCUCAGAG